GUGGUUCAUCUUUAUGAAAUGGAGGUCAUGAGUGGAAAAAAUAAUUCUUGCUGCUUGAAUAAUGGUGAUGUUGUGGAGAAAAUAAAGAGGUUGGGAAGAUUAACAUGUAGAAAAAUUUGGAAAGUAGGGAAAGAAGAUAAAAGAAGGGUUAUUCACUCACUAAAAGUUGGAAUCUCCUUGUCAUUGGUCUCCUUGUUAUAUUUAAUGGAGCCAUUGUUCAAAGGCAUCGGAGAAAAUGCUAUUUGGGCUGUCAUGACUGUGGUGGUUGUUCUUGAAUUCACAACAGGGGCAACAUUAUAUAAAGGGCUGAAUAGAGGACUAGGGACACUAUUAGCAGGAUUAUUGGCUUUCUUGAUCGAACGUAUUGCCAAUGAAUCUGGCCACAUAUUUCAUGCUGCUUUCAUUGGGACCGCAGUUUUUCUAGUUGGAGCCGUGACUACAUACAUGAGAUUUUUCUCUCACAUAAAGAAAAAUUACGACUAUGGUGUGGUGAUAUUCCUCUUGACGUUCAACUUGAUCACAGUGUCAAGCUAUCGUGUUGAUAGCGUGUUGAAGAUCGCGCAUGAGCGAUUUUACACCAUAGCCAUUGGAUGUGGUAUCUGUCUCCUCAUGAGCCUAUUUAUAUUUCCAAUUUGGUCAGGAGAAGACCUCCAUUUAUCGACUGUUGCUAAGUUCGAUGGCUUAGCAAAAUCAAUAGAAGUUUGCAUUAACGAGUAUUUUAGCGACGGUAAUAUUAAUCAGCAAGAGGAAAAAGUGAGAAAAUAUUCAAUGGAAAUGGAGGAUCCCAUUUACAAAGGUUACAAGGCUGUUUUAGAUUCCAAAUCAUCUGAUGAAACUUUGGCACUAUAUGCAAGUUGGGAGCCAAGAUAUUUAAGAAGUUGUUCCUGGCAGCAAUAUGUUAAAUUGGGGACUGUUCUUCGCCAUUUUGGAUACACAAUAGUAGCUCUACAUGGAUGCCUGCAAACUGAAAUUAAGACUCCUCAAUCAGUUCGAGUACUGUUCAAAGAUCCAUGCAAUCGACUUGCCAGAGAAAUUACAAAGACGCUAAAGGAACUAGGCGACAGCAUACGAAAUCGUCGUAAAUACUGCCCAGAAAUCCCAUCUAACCAUGUCCAUGAAGCCUUACAAGACCUCAUCGACGUAUUAAAAUCCCAACCAAGACUCUUUCUUAGCACUAAUAGUAAUACAAACAUACUAUUAGCCUUAGCAACAUUAGCCACUAGGCAAAUAUCUGGUAAAGAUUUUGUAGUCUCUUUACCGAGUGCAAAUAAUGACGAUCCUGCUCGUUUUGGACUUAGCCAUGACUUGAAAGAGGGUGAUAAAAAGAUUUUGAGGCCCACAUUAAGCAAGAAUGGCAUUACUAGCUUGGAAUUUUUGGAGGCCCUACCAUUUGCAGCCUUUGCAUCUUUGUUAGUUGAGACAGUUGCAAGACUUGAUCUUGUUAUUGAACAAGUUGUAGAAUUGGGAAAGGUAGCUCAAUUUAAGGAAUUUAGUCAUGAUGAUGUGGUUAUUAAUGUAAGUUGUGAUAAUAAUCCUAGAGUGGAAAGUGAGUUCCCCUCCUCCCAUACAGCAGCAGAUUGA